AUGGCUUUGAUUCCGACUAACGUAAAAUCAAUCGACGAGGAGUUUGGUGAACUGCUAUACAGCCAACUUCUUCUGCAUGAUCAAAGCAUUGGCCUCCCACAAAUAUUUGCAAGAAUCACGAGUCUCUUUGAUGUCAAAUUACUUCAACAAGAAUCGCUAAACAAAAGCUUUAAUCUUGAAACGAAAUUAUGGGACCUUGCUGGCCUGUUAAUGGAGACGAGAAUGGACAAUUAUGAGGACUCUGCCAUGGAUAUCUCUCAAUCAUUAUCCAAAAAAUUCAAUUCCAAUUAUUCAUUUUUAGAUAAUUUCAUGGACAAUAACAAAGAAUUGCAAGAAAUAUGGACAAUAAUAAAUUGGAUCAAGCGCAAUUUGAUGAAUUUAGAACUCGAUCAAGCCCCUAAAGACAGUAACAAGUGGUUGAAUACAAAAUUAGCAUUGCAAGAGAAUAACAUCUCCAAAUUUUAUGCAUCCCAAUCCAACAGCAAACCAUGGAUGGUCAACAAAUUAGAUUAUGAUGCUAUUAUCAGACAAAAUAAACUAAUAGAUCCGAAAGAUAUGGAGAAUGAUUUGAGCUUUUUCAAGAAAUUGUACUUCUUGGUGUUGACAAGUAAUCAUGUGGGGGCAUUAGAAUUAUGUGAGGAAACUAAUAAUUGGACACACUAUAUGAUCCUACAAGGAUUGACACAAUAUUCAGAUCCAGUAGUUGAUGAGGAUGCUGAUACUGAUGAUGUCCCACAAGGUAUUAAGGAGAAAUAUCUUUGGAGAAGAAACUGUUUCAAAUUAAGUCAAUAUUCGAAAUCUGACAAUGAAUACGAAAAAUGCUUAUUCGAAUAUCUCAGUGGAGGUAUAGAGAAAAAUUUACAAUUAAACCGUGAUGACUGGGAAACUUCUUUAUUAGUGUACUUGAAUGGUUUCCUAACAAAGACUUUGGAGAACUAUUUGAUAGACAUCCAAAAAGUUGAUGAUCCACAACCUCUCCUGGUACCAGAAUUAUCUAAUAUCAAAUCCAUUAAUGAUAUUCUUCUUGAUUUAUCCAUGUUGCCGGGACUCAAGGAAGCUAGUGAAAAUAGUUUGAGAAAGUUAAUGGGCUCCCUAAUGCUAGGUAACGUGGCAAGCACCAUUUCCAGUUUCUUGAAUCAAGAAUGGAACUCUAAAGUUUUGAAUGCAACUACUUCCGGAGACAUUUAUAGUGAUUUAGAUGACGACAUAACUGAUCUUACUGAUUAUAGUCAAAUUACCUAUAGUGAUCAAGAUGGUGAUUAUGAGGAAUCGGCCGAAGAAUUGGAAGGAAUUUUAGCCACCGACCCUCACUAUGAUAAUCAAAACACUUAUCUAUUGAGAGUCUUAGUUCACUUGGCAAUCUAUCUUAGAUUUAUUAAUGACUUCAGUAGUGUCACCGAUGAAAAUUUGACAGCAUUAAUAAAAUUAUAUUUGAAAAGAACCUUCAAAAAAUGCAAUUACCGCUUAAUUCCAGUCUAUAUGAAGUUGCUCCCAGUCUUUAAUGAAGAACAAUCUAUUGAAUUCAGAAAGAUUUACUCAUAUUAUUUAUCAAAAUUGAUCAAAAGGGAAAACAGAAUUGAACAAAUCAAAGCUUGCCAACACUUGGAAUUAAUAGGGUUGAGAGAAAUUUUGAUAGACACCGUGAACAUAAUCAUUAACAAAUACAAUAAUUACUACAUGUCAUUCGUUAAUAACAUCAAAAAGAAAUCCGGUUCAGUUAUGGUUAAUGAUGAUGUGGUGACUGAUAUUGAUAAGAUUUAUUAUACUAGUAUUGAAUGGUUACUUGAGUAUUCAAACAUGAACCAUGUUGCCAUAGCAUAUAUCGUCCAAAUUUUCACCAACUUUUUGCUUAGUGGUAAGAUCAGAUCUAUGAUUGAAUUUUACAAAAGCUAUAACUUUAGUGAAAUAAUUAAGCAAGCUGAUGUUGAAGUUGAGAUAUUCAAUGCCAAACUUGGUAAUGGUAGUGAUACAGAGAGCAAUAAUGAUAAUAGUGACACGGAUGAUAUCAAGAUUGCGCUAUCCGAUGCUGAUGUGAGAUUCAGUGAAGUUUACCAAACUAAUAGAACACAUUUGUUCAAUUUCCUUAAAUUGAUUAAGGAAGGAUUCAUUAAUGUCUAUGGCUAUGAAGAAUAUCUCAUCGGUAACAACUUGAAUCCAGCAAAGGUGAAUCUUUACAAUAAUAUUGAAUUGGCCAAGUGGAGGAACCAGAUUGUGAAGGACGAAUUAAACAAGCUAUACUUUAGUCCUUUGAAAACUUUGAUCCGUGAAAAUUUGAUGAAUCUUACGAUCAGUGCAGAUCUUGAGACCAACGAAUUAUUCAAAAGUUUAUAUGUUCCAUAUUUCAUUAUUAGUUUCCACAAAAUGCUUGUGAAUUCUAGAUUCUGUGAUUUCCCUGGUGCUUCUGGAGACAUCUUGAACAAAAUUGGUAAAGAAAGUGGAAAUUUCUUGAAGCAGGCAAUCAAUAUGAGUACUAUGGUUGCAAGCUCUCGAUACAAUUUCACCAAGUAUUUCCAAAGAACAAACAGAUUGAAGGAAUACUUAAAAUUGAUUGCCGAAUGCUCAGCAUUGGCUGGUGAAAGUGUUAUUUAUAACUGA